AUGGCAGCAAACACGGUGUGCGUAACUGGUGCUGGAGGAUUCGUAGCGUCUUGGCUUGUUAAGCUUCUUCUCUCCAAAGGUUUCUUUGUCCAUGGAACUGUCAGACAACCUGGUAGCGAGAAAUACCAACACUUGCUGAAACUGGAGGGAGCUUCUGAAAACCUCACACUCUUCAAAGCAGAUCUCUUGGAUUACGAUUCUGUUCUUUCGGCAUUUGUUGGAUGCACUGCAGUUUUCCAUGUUGCUUGCCCUGUCUUUGUUGACUUCCGCUAUAAGGAUUUAGGAGUAGAAAUGAUUGAACCUGCUGUGAAAGGAACCGCUAAUGUACUUGAAGCUUGUCUAGAAGCUAAAGUGCAACGGGUUGUCUUUGUAUCAUCGUUAGCUGCUAUUUGCAUGGACCCGAAUUUACCUAAAGAUAAAGUGAUUGAUGAGUCCUAUUGGUCUGAUAAAGAUUACUGCAGAAGAACUGAGAACUGGUACUGUUAUUCCAAGACAGAGGCAGAGAAGCAGGCACUGGACUUUGCAAAAAGAACUGGGCUUGAUGUGGUAAGCAUUUGCCCUUCCCUUGUGUUAGGGCCAAUUUUACAGUCAGCCACUGUCAAUGCAAGUAGCUUGGUUGUUCUCAAACUUUUGAAAGGUGCCUACUAUUUCCUUAACAAAUUAUUAACUAAUUCUGAGUUUGGCCUUAGAAAUUUGGUUGACCCAGGCGUCAUGUCUAAUCAACACAAUUAUGCCCUUCAUGGGAGUUCUGCACUGUGUGGUGACUCAUUUGAAAAUAAGACCCGUUGGAUAGUCGAUGUACGGGAUCUAGUUGAUGCAAUCUUUUUGGUGUAUGAAAAGCACGAGGCAGAACGGAGAUACUUGUGCAAUUCACAUACCGUCAACACACGGGAUUUAGUGGAGAAACUAAAGAGCAUAUAUCCCAGCUACAAGUACCCUUCAAACUUUACAGAGGUGGAUAAUUACUUAAGGUUGUGCUCAGAGAAACUGGAAAGGUUGGGUUGGAAAUACAGGUCGCUGGAGGAAACACUCAUUGAUUCUGUUGGGAGCUAUGGCUUCCUGCAAUCACAAUAA